AUGGUACUAUUAAGAAUUUUCAACAUUGAAGGAAAUAAGGAGAUUCUAUUUUAUAAAAAAAUAUAUUUCAUUUUAUUUAUUCAGUGUGUGUUGGGGACAUAUUUAGAUAAUAUAUACAAUAAAAAUAAGGCGUUACGUAUACAAAAUGAACGCUUAUUAGCAAAAAAUGAUUUUCCAAAAAAACGUGAAAAUAAAGACUUAGGAGUGCCUCUAUCACUUCAAAACGAACAUAUAAGGUUAAAAAAUAAAUCAGAAAAUAUACCAAUGAAUAAAACAGUUGAAGUAUGCAGAAAAAAUGCCAUUACUCAUAAUAAGAAUGGAUUAAAAGUAUCUCUAUCUUACCAUAAUGGAAAUAUGAAGUUCAAGAAUGAGGCAGAAAAUAUGCCAUUAAAUGCAAAAGUUGAUAGAUGUAGAAAGAACAGCACACCUCAUAAUAAAAAUAGAAUGAAAACACCUUUAUCUUAUCAUAAUGAAAAUAUGAAGUUCAAGAAUGAAGCAGAAAAUAUGCCAUUACCUGCAAAAGUUGAUAGAUGUAGAAUGAAUAGUACACCUCAUAAUAAAAAUGGGUUGCAAACACCUCUAUAUUAUCAUAAUGAUAAUAUGAAGUUAAAAAAUUAUGCAGAAAAUAUAUCAUUAAAUAAAAAAUUUCAAGAAUGUAGAACAAAUGACAUUCCUUAUAAUGACAAAGAAUUAAAAAAAUCUGUAUCUUAUAAUAAGGACAAUAUGAAAUUAAAAAAUGAGGCAGGAGAUAUACCAUUAAAUAAAAAAGAUAAACGAUAUGGAGAAAAUGACAUUCAACGUCAUAGCAAAAACUUAAAAGCAUCAUUAUCAUGUAAUAAGGAAGAAAUAAUGUUAAAAAAUUACUCAAAAAAUAUAUCAACAAAUAAGGGGGUAGAUAAAUAUGCAAAAAAUAACCUUCUUUGUGAUAACAAAAGCUUAAAUGAAGUAACAACAAAAUAUAAAAAAUUAAAAUGGAUUGAUUAUUACUUUGAAAAAAAAAUAUUUAGUCACCUUGAAAAAUUAUAUAAAGAUAAAGAACAUGACAUUGUUACGAAUAAAAAUUCAAAAAGAAGCUUCUAUGGAACGAAAUGCGUAUGUGGUUUUUUAACUCCCGUUAUUCUUUUAGUUGGAGCAAUAAAUUAUAUAUUUUUUGGACCACAUCCACUAUCUUUUAUUCCUAGUUCGAGUAGUGUGAGUUCUAUUAACCCCUUAUAUUCUAUACCAUGCGUUGCAAUACUCGCUAUUUAUUUAUCAAUAAUUUUUUACAUUAUCGUAAAAGCUAUAAAAUAUAAAAGAUUGAGAGCGAAAAAGAGAAAAAUAAAAUAA